UCGAAGUUGAUGAAUUAGUAAUUAAAAAUGCACUAAAUUUGCUCUGAAAGUAGAACCAAUCAGCUAGAACAUUCUCUCUCACAAACUUUCCUUAGGAAUGCAGAACAGAAAAAUGUAUAAAAUAAUGCAGAAUCAAGACUCAGUAGAGAUAACUGAUCAUGCAGACCAGUUACUGAUUCAACCAAAUCUAAAAGGAAAUAAAUUAAAAACAAGCUAAGUCGAUAACUAAUCAUGAAUGAUUCUCUUUAUCUUGUACCUUAAUUAACAGAACUUUUACCAUAUACCCUGAUUGUGUUAUCGAUUUCACCAAAAAAAAAAAAAAUCUUCAUGAAGAUUCAGCAAGCAGUCCUGGCUUUUCAUUGCAGUAGCAGUAGCAAGUUUCUGCUGCUGGUAUUGCUGAUAUUUGUUGCUGCAGUUAGCCAAGGAUGGUGCUUCAACUAUCCAAACUUUCCGCGAGGAAUUGAAAGAGAUUUAAUUAUAACAGGGGAAGCAUACAUAGUCCAUGACGCCCUCCAAGUUACAAUGGACAUUGGUAAUACCGAACAAAUCAAAAAUCGUUAUGGAAGAAUCGUGCAUAAUAAUCCCAUCAGGCUGUGGAAGAAAGGAAGACUGGCAUCUUUCAAUUCGACUUUUGUUCUUAAUGUAUCGCCUUAUUCUGGUCCUCCUGGUGAAGGGCUAGCUUUCAUCUUGAGUCAAGACAGCAAGGUUCCAAAUAAUAGCAUGGGUCAAUGGCUUGGGAUAGUUAAUGCCACGACCAAUGGAACCUCUCAAGCUAGCAUAGUCGCGGUGGAGUUUGACACCAAGAAGAGCUUUGCAGAAGACCUUGAUAACAACCAUGUUGGUUUCAACAUCAACAGCAUAAAUUCCAAGCAUCAAACUUCAUUGAACAAUUCAGGUCUUGUUAUUUCAAAUGGUACUAGUACUAAUAUUACCGCGAUGAUUGUUUAUGAUGGUGAUACAAAAACUAUGAAUAUAUCUGUUUUUCGAGGGAAGAAAGUAGGCACAAAAGCUCCUAUUCUGUCUAUUCCGAACCUUGAUCUUUCUCAGUAUCUUCCUGAAAUGGUGUAUGUCGGGUUUUCUGCCUCAACCGGACCAGUAGCAAUUGAACGUAACUGCAUUCUAGAAUGGUAUUUCACCUUUGAUGAACUAGGCAAAGAAUCAAAGUUUCCAAGGUGGGUUUAUAUUGUGGUUGCUGUGAGCAUUUUGGUCUCAUUAUGUGGAAUUGGUGUUGCUGCUGGUUACUUCUGCUACAAAAGAAAACAAAGGCCAUUGAGUAGUUAUGAUUUACCGAUCUUCACAGGAGUUGGUCCCAAGAAGUUCAAGCUCAAGGAUCUCAAGGCUGCUACAGGGAAUUUUAACCGAAAAAAUGAGCUAGGAAGAGGAGGCUUUGGCAUAGUCUACAAAGGAAAUUUGGAGGGACAGUUUGUCGCAGUUAAAAGGGUCAAAGAUACACCGAAAGGAAUGCAGAAUUUGAUCGCCGAGGUCACCACCAUUGGUAGCCUUCAUCACAAGAAUCUUGUAGAAUUGAUUGGGUGGUGUUAUGAAGGAAGUGAACUUCUCUUAGUUUACGAGUACAUGCAGCACAGAAGCUUAGACACGUUCUUGUACUGUAAUGAUGAGAUAAUCGGCUGGAAAAUAGAAGAUAAAACACUAAGCUGGACCAAGAGAUAUAAUAUAAUCUGUGGUGUUGCUCAAGCUUUGGAUUAUCUACACAACGAGUGCUUGAAAAGAGUACUACACCGGGACAUUAAAGCCAGCAACAUAAUGUUGGAUGCAGAAUUUAAUGCUAGGCUCGGAGACUUUGGACUGGCUCGGAUGUUUAAGCUUAGUGAGAAGACUCAUCAUUCUACCAAGGAAAUUGCAGGAACACCAGGGUACAUGGCUCCAGAACUCUUCCUGACAGGAAAAGCAACCACAGAAACAGAUGUUUUCGCCUUUGGUGUUCUGGCAUUAGUAUUGGCCACAGGAAAAAAACCGGGAAUUCAAGAUGAGCUGAGUGAGAGCAGCACCUGCAUUAUAGACUGGGUGUGGGAACUUAAUUCAUUGGAUUCUGUAACUGAUGCUAUAGACCCUAAAUUGAAGGGAAGUUAUGAUGAGAGGCAGGCGAAGCAGAUGCUUGUAUUGGGGUUGGCUUGCUGCCAUCCGAACCCAAACAUGAGGCCGUCUAUGGGAUAUGUUCUGCAGGUUCUGUUAGGUGAAGCAAUUCUACCAACAGUCUCCUCAGAGAAGCCUGCCUUUGUCUGGCCAGCGCCUUCUCCAUCCUUUACCAAUGAGCAUUCUUAUAGCGGAGGCAUGCUUAGCACGUUCUCUAGCAUAAAUGGAAGGUGAUUCUCAUGUUCCUGUUCAACAACUUGUGUAAAUCCUCUCUUAAUUAACUUGUUUUUGCUACUUAUAUCACAGGAAUCUGGAUGAUUUGUCAUUGUUCUUUAAUUUCUUCAAUGUAAUGCAAAUAAGAUUGCUGUUUUUAUCUUAUA